AAUCUAGUAAGCUAAUUGACAUUUACGAGACCGGACUAUAAUAAAUCGAGGUAAUAAGUUAAUAACACUUUCAAACCUUUCAUACAUACGCCCGUUUGUUACGAAUAAGUAUUCCGCGCAUAUCUUACUCAUUUUCCCAUCGAAGUCUAGGCGAUAUACUGAUAUACACACUCCUUCACUUCCUCUCUCUUUCCACUCUCCCUGUUUCAUUACCAAUUUUAGCAAUCUCUUCACAAACACAAUUUUGCUACAAAAUCAAAAACCCUAUAAAUCUCCCAACACUCUCUUCUUCCUUCAUUUCUCACCCUAACUUUCAAUUUCAUCUCUCUUUCUCUUCAUUUUUCUCUCAAAUUCAACUUUUUCUCCUCCAUUUUUCUGCAGAAUUCUGUAAAUUUCCUCUACUUUUAGUUCGAUCAUCUUCUUCCUUCAUUAUUUUUCCUGCAAUUCUUCAGUAAUUCAUCAUUAUUUUUUCAGUUUUGCGAUUAUUUUAGCUUCUGUAACGUCAAGGUUUUGCGAUUUUGGAGGAGAAAGAAUUUUCGAAGAAUGAGCUGCGAAGGCGAAUGUCGAAGCUGUGAAGUAGCUUUCAAUUCGAACGAAGUUUCUGGAGGAUUCCGGAAAAAUUCGAGGAUUUCGUAUUCAAGAGAUUGCUUGUUGUCUUUCGCUGAAGUGAAUUAUACGAAAGCGUUACCUACUGGAUUGGAUCGGUCUAUUCUCAGUGAGCUGGAUGAUGCUUGCAAGAGUGCAUCUGAGAACCAGAAACUACCGGGUCUUGAAUCACUUUAUACUGGCACGAUAUGGGGCGAUUCAAGUCGAGAUUCAUCAGAAAAGUGGGGCAAUUGUAAUUUGAGCUCAAAGGACUGCAAGUCCACAGAUCAUGGCACAUUUCAUAGCAAUCAAUCUCAUCAUUCCUGGCAAAAACCUGGAAGUACUGCAAUUUUGACAUCAAUUCGAAACCCUGAACAUAAUAGCAUACUAGGAAGCUGGUCUACUUCAAAGUUACCAUCAACUGGAUCAGAAGGGUCAGUUAUAAAACUUCCAGGGACUGAUAGUGGUCUGCUGAGCAGGUGCAACGAACCAUAUCGUCCUCCAUCAUUUUAUAAGGCAAUAAACCAUUCAGGUAAACUAAAACGUGGCACCUCUAGCAAUGGAAUAUCUGAAUGUGCUGAAUGGUCGAGCAAGGCGAGGUCAAUGGAGGGAAAUUGGAGGAAAGAUACUUGUCUAGUGCUGGGAGAGCAUUCAGCCGUGCCAGCAGUUACCAGCAACAAAAGUCCUUCACCUAUCUCUCCUUCUAUUUCUGGAUCUGUUGAAAGCCUCUGUUCUGUUGAUGUCCUUGGUGAAGCUUCCAAAAAGUGUCAUACAGAACAAAAUCCUGACCAUCACCCUCUGACACAGUUUACUUCUAAGAACCAAUUGAUUGAAGUAGAUUCUGGAGUGGCAAUCGGUAAAAAGCAGUUGCAGCCCUUGCAGGGUCAAAUUUUGGAGGGUGGUCGGUUCUCUGCCCUUAUGAAUUUAAAAGAAGCAGAGGAUAUUGAUGCUUACUUUCUCGAUGAGAAAUAUGAUGUCAUGGUGGAUGGAAGAAACAGCUCCAGAACUAAAUCAAAAUUUAUACACUGGUUUCCAGAUAAUGAUAGUUAUGAUGGUAACAUCUCGUCUGAGGCUGACAGAGAUGGUUGGGAAGUUUCUACUGGAAUAUCAACGAAGGAGAAUCCCUUGGGUCAAAAGAAGUCAAAGGAGGCAUCAACUUAUGGCCAGAAAGCUCCAUUCAGGGAGAAAUCAAAGACAUGCGUUAUUGACUGCCUUGACUCUGACAGUGUUGUGCUAAACUGUUGCUCUCCUGAUCACAAAAAUCUUGAUUCUCGGAUUGUUAAAGAGCCUGAGUUGGAAAAAAUAGCUGAUGAAGCUGGUUCAAGUUUGGAACUCAAUCUGCCAGAUGAGGAUAGUUUGAUUACUGUUGAUGGCAUCUAUAUCUUCGAGCAAGAAGAGCCAAAUAGUCCCGAGAUCCCUAUCAGAGGUGAAAGAAGUGUUUCUCCUUUCCGUGGUUCAAACAAGCUGAAAGGAUCAGAAAGUGUGCAGCAAAAGUUGAGCUCACCAGACCCAUGGUAUCACGAACCUCAGAUAAAUUCCAAGAAUCUAUCGGUCCAUCCUUCUGAUUCUCUGGCUCGUGUCAGUACCCCUCCUACAAUUCAAGAUUCAUGGAAGAAUCGUUACAAUCCUUUUGUUCCUCCUCCCUUUGGUCAGCUGCCUUUGAAGCCAAAUUAUGAUUCUGUUGAGAAUUUUCUGUCGCCUAAAAUGCCACAUGCUGAUGACAACUGCCCUGACCUCGACAAAAUUCUUUCAGCUGAUCCUUCAAUCUAUCAUCAGUUUCUUCAGUCUCCAAGAUACAAUCAGGAGUCUAACGUGUUAAGAAGUCUUCCUCUCAAUUAUCAGACAAAUGUGAAAUCAGACAUGUAUAUGGGAAAGAGAGGUUUUCAUGCUGAAGAGAGCAACAAUUCUCCAAUUAACCAUCACCUCCAGAUACAAAGGAAGUUGGCACAGAUGAGUCUUGAAGCAGCAGAGCAUAGGGCUUACAGUAAAGCAAUCAGCAACCGUUUCUGGUAAAGAUUUAGCAAUACAUAAUUACUUAAUUAGUAGUCUUGUUGCUUUGCGUGAAAAUGAGCUUGUCUGUGAAUAUAAAAGUCGGGUAUAGAAUGUUGAUACAGUCAAUAGAAGUAUCAGUACACAGUCCGUGCUUUUUAGUGAAGUGCGAAAUGUGGAAGGAAAGAAGGAAAAAAAAAAUGGAUUCACUAAAAUUAGUUUCACGAAGUAGAAUCUUGUCGUAUGUAAAUAAAAUUAAGUGUGAAUUGUGAAUAGCAGAAAAUGGGUAAGAGGCAAGGUUUUAGUAUAAAGUAUAAGUGUAAGUACCCGUUGAUGCCUGUAGUCUAUGCUACAUAACCCCAAAGAAUAUAUAUAUCCUCAAUGAGAAGUAUAGUUCAC